CAGAAUGAGUACAUAUACCACUACGCGUUAGAGCACACCAAAUUACUCACUCUCGCAUUCGUCAGUACAAGUAAUCUCAUCUUGACAUAUAUCAUACAUUACCAGGAACCACAUACACAUCAGUUUCCAGCAUGUCUGAGCAGCUCCCCCCAUAUACUACACUUCUCCAGCCCGAGCCCGAAACAUCGCAGUAUACUCUCCCAGAGACCUUCAACAUCGGACAAUGCAUCACCCAGCACCUCGUCCGCCCAGAUCAGCUUAAGGCCCAUCUUCAGUUGCUGGCAGCAUUCAGCCACCUUGAGCAGCGGGUAGUUGCCAAUGAGAGCCUUGCUGCGGGAUUAGAGUCGGACAGCGAGAAACGUUGGGUAUGGUUUGUUAAUUUGGCUGUUGAACGCUGGUAUGCGGAAGACACCACGCGGAUCUCCAAGCUGAAACCUCUCGCUCAUUUCACCAAUUACUUUCCUAACCUUCUCGAUAACUCUGAUAUAUUAACCACUGACGCACCACAGUAUGAACCCUCUCUGCUUGGGAACGCAGUACGAAAUCACCGUGUGACCCAUUCGAAUCUGCUGUGGUUCUCACACACAAAUCUAUUGAGUGCCCUUACUGUUACCGCACUAUCCUUUCGCCCAACCAUAGCAUUCUUGCAGCCUAACGGCAAGGGAUACGCCCAGAGUGACUUUCACAUCGAAUGUGAAUGUGCUCAGCCGAUCACUAAAGAAGUUCUCGGCCUUUUCAAGUUUGCGAAAAACAUUGUUGAGACAACAGUACCUGAUACAUAUUUAGCUGGAACUCUUCACACACCCCACAGCACCUACGACAUCGCGCGCGGAGACACGAUCAAGGAGCGUGUCCUCGACUCAAAUAUCAUUUUCCAGCAGAACAAGGCAAGUGAUCGCGCGCGCCAGAUCUUGAUAAACGUCCAGCAUGACGCUGUGCGCAUGCGUACCGUGCUGAAGAAGUAUUUGAAGCCAAGAUUGUUGAAUAGGAUGAUGGGUGCCUACACGGACGACAGGGUGUUUUCACUCGAUUUGGUCGGUGCUCUGCGAUUGCAAAUGUUCCCCGAAUCCAUUGUGACGACCCGGCGGCGGAAGUGGGGUUCUGGGGGUUCUGCUAGUCACGGUGGAGUCAGCUCGAAACGCCGUAUGCAAGCAUUACUAGGCGCGUGA